ACUAUAUAUUUUGGCAUUUUUGAUUUUUGUCGUUACUCGGCAAUUCGGUAUUCGUUAUUCAUAAUCAUAGGAAUACGAAGUUUCAUUUAUUGUAUUUUCUUUAUCACGUCUCACAAUUCUCAAUUGAUUUUGUCAUAUAUUCCCAUCGAUUACUAGAUUAUUAAAAUAUUUCGUUAAAAUCUUAAGUUUCUUUAAGUACACAUUAGAAAAGCUUUACACAAAUAAUUUAAACGACCAUGCCUGGGAACAAAGAUCUAAGAACACUUUUAAAAUUCACACGCCUUACUUAUAAUGCAUUCCCGCCUGUAAAAGGUUCAGAUCGUGCAGCAGGAUUUGAUUUAAAAAGUGCCUAUGAUUACAAAGUACCAGCAAAAGGCAAAGAAUUAGUAAAAACAGAUUUACAAAUUGAAUUGCCCACUGGUUGUUAUGGACGAGUGGCACCUAGAUCUGGCUUAGCUGUUAAAAAUUUCAUUGAUGUUGGAGCUGGUGUUAUAGAUGAAGACUACAGAGGAAAUGUUGGUGUAGUGUUAUUUAAUCACUCUGAUCAAGACUUUGUGGUUAAAAAAGGUGAUAGAAUAGCUCAGCUUAUAUGUGAAGUGAUUUUUCACCCUGAUUUACUUGAAGUAGAAAACUUAACUGAAACAAAGAGGGCAAAUGGUGGAUUUGGCUCUACAGGAACACAAUAAAAUAAAACAUGAUAUAUAAUUAAGUUUAUUUUCUGAAUAAAUGAUUCUAAAAAUAUCUUCUUUGUACUAUAUUAUAUGACUAAUUAUUACUCUCCUCAAAUUUAUCUAAUACACUUGAAAGAACAAUUUUAUCCUGAGUUGUUAUUGGUGUACUAGCAGGCUGUGUAUCUUUUCUCAUAAGAAAUGGUUUCAAAAAUUUUUUCAGUUUAUUAUCAGUCUGUAUUCCGAAAUCAGAUUCAGCUUUCUCUACUCUCUUCUCAAGCAAUUCUACAUUAUUUUGCAAUUUUAAAACUAUUUCACUUAAUGUUAAUAUUUUUUUUGACAGUGUCGUCACUUCAUUACGGUAUUUGCAUAUAUCUUCAGUAAUAGCUAGACUGCAAUCCUUAUUCUUUAACUUUAUCAUUUGUAGAACACUAGUUAACUCUUCAAGUCUGGUUAUCAUAUUAUCAAUCACAUUUUGCACUGUUUGAAAACCAAUGGACAGAUCUAAUUUUAAAUAUUCGGCAUAAUCUUUCACAGCAUCGUUUAACAUUUUAAUAAAUUAAACACCGAAGUCAGGAUAUAAAUAUUCUAGACAACUCGCUAUUUUAUCUAGCACAUCUGUCACGAGUUUUGACAUUCCGUGAAAAGUCAAAGGAAAUAAGCUAAUAAUUUUUAGAAAUAUCUCCAUACUGGCAAAAUGUUUUCUAUGAUGUUUCCAUUUGAUGAAACAUGGGUCAUGCAAGUAAUAUUGUGAAACGUAAAUUUUGAAAUAAAUAUAACCAUGACACAA